AUGUCGCCGCCAGACCCAUUCGGAGACGACCAUGGCGCUCCUAUGUUGAAUCCCUCCCAAAUAACCAGCUACACAAAUCGCACUCCUUCCCCAGCGCCGCGCCUGGAACCUGGCUACCAGCUCUCAGACAAUCCAUAUGGGCCUCAGGGACAUCUCCCCAUGCCAUCUAGCGAUCGCUUGGCCGAACAACCUACCUACUCGGUCGAAAAUGUUCAUAACUCCUACGGCCAUCAUAACGCAUAUGACGCACACCAGCAAUACCCUGGUUACGAGUAUGCAGUCGACCCCGAAGCUCACCACGACGCCUACUACACCCAGCCCUACGAGCCUACGCACACCCCUCAUGAUGACUAUGACUUGGGCCAAUACCCAGAGGGAGGACACACCCCUUUCGAUGCUGAUCAGCCAAUGCUACAAGCUGGCGACAACCCCUUUGGGCCGGACCCGUACACUGAGUUCCAGGAUGAACCACGUUUGACGCCCAGUCCGGCGCCGAUUCGUCGUUGGAAGACGGUCAAGGAGGUUCAGCUUUUCAACGGCAAUCUCGUUCUCGACUGCCCCAUUGCCCCGAGAUUGCUCAGUCAAGUGCCGCACGCAGAGCCACCCGGACGUGACGAAUUCACGCACAUGCGGUACUCGGCCGCCACUUGCGACCCUGCUGAUUUCUUCGACGAACGUUUUACCCUGCGUCAGAAGCUAUUCGCAAAGCCUCGCCACACCGAACUGUUCAUUGCGGUGACCAUGUAUAAUGAAGAUGAUUUCCUGUUCGCGCGCACCAUGUCCGGUGUGUUUAAGAACAUCGAUCACAUGUGCUCCCGCACGAGCAGCAAAACCUGGGGUAAGGACGCUUGGAAGAAGAUCGUAGUCUGUAUCAUCAGCGACGGUCGUGCCAAGAUCAACCCCCGGACGCGCGCUGUUCUCGCAGGUCUCGGUGUAUACCAGGAUGGAAUUGCGAAGCAGCAAGUUAACGGAAAGGAUGUCACAGCGCAUAUCUACGAGUACACAACUCAGGUUGGACUUGAGGUAAAGGGCACUCAGGUGCACCUCAAGCCCCGAUCCGGACCUCCUGUACAGCUCAUCUUCUGCUUGAAGGAAAAGAACCAGAAGAAGAUUAAUUCUCAUAGAUGGUUCUUCCAAGCCUUCGGUCGUGUUUUGGAUCCCAACAUUUGUGUUCUUCUGGAUGCGGGUACUAAGCCAGGCAGAGACUCAAUCUAUCAUCUCUGGAAGGCCUUCGAUGUCGAGCCCAUGUGCGGUGGAGCAUGUGGUGAGAUCAAGGUCAUGUUGUCCCACGGCAAGAAGUUGUUGAACCCGCUGGUGGCUGGACAAAACUUCGAGUACAAACUCAGCAAUAUUCUGGAUAAACCGCUGGAGUCUUCGUUCGGUUUUAUUACCGUCCUGCCCGGUGCAUUCUCCGCCUAUCGAUUUGUUGCACUCCAAAACGACAAGAACGGCCAAGGACCAUUGGAACGGUACUUCCUUGGCGAGAAGAUGCACGGUGCCAACGCCGGUAUCUUCACAGCCAACAUGUACUUGGCUGAGGAUCGUAUUCUGUGUUUCGAGAUCGUCUCGAAGCGGAAAUGCAGAUGGCUCCUCCAGUACGUCAAGUCAUCGACUGGUGAAACUGAUGUGCCGGAUCGGAUGGCCGAGUUCAUUCUUCAGCGUCGUCGUUGGCUGAACGGCAGUUUCUUUGCUGCAGUGUAUGCCAUCACUCAUUUCUACCAGAUUUUCCGCAGUGAUCAUAGCUUCAUGCGCAAGUUCAUGCUCAUGAUUGAGUUCAUCUAUCAAACAAUUGCAAUGAUCUUCGCGUGGUUCGGAAUUGGUAACUUCUUCUUGGUCUUCCACAUCUUGACGACAUACCUAGGGUCAGAGGAUCUCCUCGGUACUGCUGGUAAGGUUCUAGGUAUUGUCUUCGAGUGGCUCUACCUAGCAACUCUCGUUACGUGCUUCGUGUUAGCCCUCGGCAACAGACCAGGCGGAUCCAACAAGUUCUAUAUGACGAUGGUGUAUUUCUGGAUUGUGAUCAUGAUAUACCUUGCAUUCGCUGCGGUCUUCGUCACGGUCAGAGCCAUCCAAAAAGAAGUGGGCACCAACGGCUUUACGGUGGACGAUUUGUUCAAAAAUCCCACCUUCUUUUCUAUCAUCGUCUCCCUCGGAUCUACCUAUGCCAUGUGGUUCAUCGCCUCAUUUAUCUUCCUGGACCCAUGGCACAUGUUCACCAGUUUUAUUCAAUACAUCCUGCUCACGCCUACCUACAUCAACGUUCUCAACAUCUACGCCUUCUGCAACACGCACGAUAUCACAUGGGGUACCAAGGGAGAUGACAAGGCCGAGAAGCUGCCCUCCGCGCACCUAAAGCCGGGCGGUAAGGUCGACGUCAACAUCCCACAAGACGACGGCGAUCUGAACGCGCAGUACGAGGCCGAACUUGCAAAAUUCGCCAUGAAGGCCCCCAAGGAGGUGCAGAUCAUCUCCGAGGAAGAAAAGCAAGCCGACUAUUACAAGGGAUUCCGCAGUGCCGUUGUGCUUGCCUGGGUAUUCUGCAACUUCGCUCUUGGCGCCGUCGUUCUGAGCGCUGCCGGUUUGGAUACCUUCACCGACAAAUCCAAGACCACUUCCGAAGAUGAGGAGACCAAGCGUUCGAUGAUCUACAUGAAGGUUGUGCUAUGGAGUGUCGCUGCUCUGUCGAUGUUCAAAUUUACGGGUGCCAUGUGGUACCUGGUUGUUCGUAUGUUCCGGGGCGUUUGA